GCCCCGAUCACAAAGUUGGCCCUAAUAAACCGCGUCAGGCCCAAGCACACGUCAACAUCGAUGUAUACAAUAUAUAGAAGUCAUCAUACCACUGUAUACCAGAUUGGUCUUUUGAUUCAAUUCCUACUGGCCAUGCCAUGCAUGCUCAGGGUUGAAGCUGCCGGACCAUCGAUAACCCUCUUGCAUCCAAAGACUCCAGCAUCAGUCCCAAGCACCAUCCAACUAUGGACUCAUACGAGGUUUAUUGAAUAUCCGAGCCUUCCUACACUUCCGCAAGCAUGUCGGAUCUAUUCCAGCUGGCCAACAUUAACGUUAUUGUAACUGGCGUGGGAGGAAGCAUCAGAACACAGAUUUCACUGUUGCUUGCCAAGGCUGGCGCCAACCUGCUCCUCUCAGAUUCAUCUGCGGAAGCCCUCUGCAGCAUGCUGUUGUACAGAAUAUGCAAUAUAUCCCAAGAAGAUAUAGAAGAGUCUCUUGUAAAGCAUUUUAACAAACAUAGUAGUGUAGAUGUUAUUUCUAAUAGCGCCAGUGUGUUCCCUUCAGGUGAAAGCGAUACAGUUAAAGUGUUCUACAAGCACACAGUCCUAAGCAUAAGACGACACAGAAAGACAAAGGGGAUUACAAUUAACACUCCCCCCAUCGUCAAGUCAAUCAGCUCAGCAACUACACAGAUAGCAUACACAACAAGCAAAGGAGCAAUCAUAGCCAUAACGCAAGAACCCGCCAUCAUGCACACUGGAGAAGGAACCCAGUUCAACGCGCUCUGCCCCAGCUCACUCAAUACGCCCCUAAUUCAGCACUACCUCAGCGCCAAGAAGGUUCAUCUGCCCCAGGGCAGGUUUCGCAAGCCAAUUGAACAAGCCGCCGUGGCUUUGCUUUUAGUCGGCGGUUCCAGACAUACUUUGCCUCAUCGUUGA